AUGUUGACGAACGUAAAUUUGCUUAAUCGAGAUUUUCUUUAUUUCAUUCAGCAUCAGAAAUACUCAACUUUUGCUGGGAUUUCUGCUGAUCAAAGCAGUGGUGUUGGAGUUGCUAGGAACUCUGAUGGAAAAUUUUCUAAGUUUCUGGAUGAGAACGCCUACAAGCCAGAGUACGGGCAAGGGAAGUUUAACAGCAUGUUUAUCGCUGAGAAAUAUCUUGGUGGAGGUUCCUUUGGCCGUGUUUAUCUGGCACAACAUCUGGUGGACAAGAAUUUUGUUGUUGUUAAAUUUGUAAACAAAUCUUGUCCUUCCGCAGCCCUUGAGGCUGAUGUUAUGAAAACGCUUUCAGGGCAUGCCCACAUCGUGAAGGUUGUGUCUGUAUUUCACAAUGACACAUACCUCGGUAUUGUGAUGGAGAGGCAUGGUAACAUCAGCCUCAGCUAUUAUGAAUUUAUGUUGAAAGCUCCUCGGCUGGAUGAGCCAACUGCAAGAUACCUUUUCUCUCAGAUGGUAUCAGCUGUUAAGUUCUGCCACACAAAGAACAUUGCUCAUCUGGAUAUCAAGCCGGACAAUAUCAUCGUCAACGAGGAGCUUUCCAUAAAACUGAUAGACUUCGGGUUGUCCAGUCCUGAUGCCUCAAACAUCCAAAGAGGAAGGCUGGGCACACCCGGGUAUAUGCCACCAGAAAUGUCGUUUGACGGAAGACUUUUCCUCCCCAGUGCUGCUGAUAUCUGGGCGCUGGGAGUCACCUUUUAUGCCAGCUACUUCCUCAAAUUGCCAUUUGGGGUUGAUGUAAAUGGUGACUUCCUUCUUUCUGGCUCUUCACCAUUACUCGACCUUCAUGGUGUUAUCAGUGAGGGUAAGUUUGUCUUGAAUUUAAAAUCUGCAGUUGUAAAAUUGUAA